AUGAAUUUAUUAUUGCAAACAUGUUCAUUGAUUUUUGGCUUAAUGCCCUUCAAUCGCACUCAAGUGGACUCAAAUAUCGCCGUGGACUAUAGUCUCGUACUUGUGAUGCCACUUUUAUACCUUUUUUGCUAUUAUACCGUAAAUUUUAGCGGAUUCAGUGUACGCCAUUUGCCCACUUGCAAUAGCAUUUGCUCACUGAGCAGCAAACUUCUAAUGCAUGUUGGAUGUUUUCUUUAUUUAACCAUUUACUUUCUAACGUUACUGCGUCAAAAAGGAUUUUAUAUUGAAUUUGAAAAGAGAUUAACCGAAAUCGAUGAACUUGUUGGUGAAUGCAUCAAAGUGGCUGACACGCGAAAUAAGCUGUUUGUGCCGAAAAAGAAACGCUUGUACUACUUCACAUGGAUCAUCAUUUUGGCGACAUUUGCCUUUGCAAUAUUCUAUGAUAUCAACGAAAUGUACUACGGCCCAUAUUGUUUCAUAUCGAAUAUGGUUUUCACAUUUCCCUAUGUAGCCGGUAGUAUUGUUCAGGGCAUGUUCGCUUCAUAUGUGUCAGUGAUUUCUGAACGGUUUUCCACGCUGAAUAUACUCUUCGAGAAAAUCAAUCAUGAGAGUGACAAAAGGAAUUUACCAAUCGCUGUAAUGGACAUUGAAAACGAUGCACAUAAAGACAACACUUAUAGCGGGCCAGCGGUUAUAAGUGAUUUGGCGAGAAGAAAAAACCGAUUUCAACAAAAGCAGAAAAGUGUAAAGUCCGAUGAUAGAAGUAAUAAUAAUGAUAGUGAUUUUGCUGAAGAUGAAGACUCUGCGGAUGAGGCAUAUAGUUUUGAUGAAUAUGAUGAGACGCGGCUAAGUGAUGGCAAGACAUCCGAAGAAAACUUACCGAGUCUUUUCAAAUUGCACGAUAAGAUACUGUCAUUGAGUGUGCUCGUGAAUGCCGAAUUCGGUGCACAGUGUGUGCCAUAUAUGGCGGCGUGUUUCGUUAUCACCAUAUUCAGUAUAUUUCUGGAGACAAAGGUCAUGUUUAUUGUCGGCGGCAAGAAUCAUGUAAUGGACUAUGUUAUUUAUCUCUACGUUAUAUGGAGCUUCACCACUAUGAUGGUGGGUUAUUUUGUGCUGCGUCUAUGCUGCAAUACAAACGCACAUUCCAAGCAGUCCGCCAUGAUUGUUCACGAAAUAAUGCAGAAGAAGCCUACAUUUAUGUUGGGCAAUGAUGUUUAUUAUAAUAAAAUGAAAGCGUUCACUCUACAGUUCCUACACUGGGAGGGCUACUUUCAGUUUAACGGGAUCGGUCUCUUUGCAUUGGAUUACACAUUCAUAUUUUCGACUGUAAGCGCCGCUACUUCCUAUUUAAUAGUGCUGUUGCAGUUCGAUAUGACGGCGACCUUAAAAAACGAGGGACUGACUCCCAAAGUGUUUUCAACAGAGUCGAACUAA